AGGAGAUCGUGGCAUCGACGCAAAGAGAUAGAUCAACAAAAGCGAUUGAAAAUAUUGAUCCUUGUUGUCUCUAUAGAAAAUAAGAUGAUUGAAUGUUAUCUAGGUAGCCGUUUUUGUGACAUUCCAGUACAGCCCGUAAUUGACUUCCUAUUGUUGUUAACUCGGUCUUCACUUUUCGACAUUAGACUUUAUUCUGAAAAAAAACCCUUUUGCUUGUAAACCACUUAUAAGAGUACAUGUUGUAAGUAUUGUUGGAGCGGAGGUCUACUUAAGCUUCGCCUCCAUUGAUGUGCGAGGCAUUAGACAGGUUCGACAUAAAAAAAAAUGACUAAAGUGUCUGACGAAAACCUCGACCCUCCGGAACCAUUCCCCUGGACCGAAAUGGAUGACGAUAGUCAGGAGCAGGAAGUGUCACAGACCGAGCAAGAACCCACGACAGCACAAAACGCCACUGUAAACGCAGGAACAAACGGCCAGAGAAUUUCUGUCCCAGAGCCAGCAACCCCCUCGUCCACAAGUAAGCAAGACAAGAAGCGGCAGCACCGACGUGAAAUCCGAAAGCUCGCACGGCGGGAGAAACGAUCGAAGGUGAAAUACGACGCAGUAGAGAAGGUGGCAGCGCUGUUUCAAUGGCACAAAACCUGCCACAAUACGGGCAGUAGCGAUAAUGAAAGGGAAGAACGCCACGGGUCCGACCCUCUAACGUCGUUUCUGUCUCAACACGGCUCCAUAGCACAGGGCUUUUCUAAUGGCCAAAGUAAUGGCGACGAUCUCGCGAUGGCGAUGAACCAUGACCAGCAGCAAGAACAACGACCAGGGAUGAAGAAUAAAACAAGCAAUCUAGCCUCCAAACCCGACCUCUCACUUCUCCCACCCCACGAACGCGAGGCCCACAAGCUCGCGGUCAUUCGCGAACGCGAAGCGGCCAAGCGAAAGGAGCCCGCGCCGGCAGAGGUGAUUGACUCGGUUCGGUGCAGGAUUUUGGAACACUUUGGAUUCCUCUGCCAGCCAUGCGAAGACCAGGGUUCUGGUGUUGACACCAGUCGCGAUGCGACAAAUAGAAUGAUCUCGGCGCAGCGCGAGGAAGUAGAUCUUGUGUCCGCAAAAUUUGGCAAUCUUUCACUCUCCCCUGCGAGUACCCGUAGUGGCGAGACGGAAGGGACUGACGAGAAUAGUAUGAUGAUGAACAUCAACGAGGAACAAAUGAAGCGCAAAAACGCCGAAAAUAGAAUCGAAAACAACAACCCUCACACCCACACCCCCUACGUCCCCUACGAUUUCCUUCCGCAGCAGCAUUGUUCGAAGCAAGCACUCCAGUUUGUCGAAAGCUUUUUCAUCCGCGGCGAGAACUACGCGCAAAAGUUUUCCGCCCAAGAAGCUUCCCUCCUAGAGCAGCUCUACAAACUCAACUGUGACAGCGAGACAGUGAUCAUCGACUUAGGCUGCGGGAACGCGACUCUAGUUCUUCUCGCGGGCCUCAUCUUCAACAGUUUUGCGGUCGGCGUCGACAGGAGAACGCCGCACGAAAACUGUCAGGGGGAGUUUUACUUCCCGAAGGAGAAGUUUCCGGAGUUGAAAUUCAAGAGGCUGGAGCAGUGCGUCAGCACGGUUUUGCCAGACAUUCUCAAAUUGUUGCGGGAGAUAAAUGAAGCUGCUGCUGCUGAGAAGCUAAGGCCGUACAGAAAGGUGAUCAUCCUCUGCAAGCAUCUCUGCGGAGCCGGCACGGAUUACUGCAUUCGGUUUAUGGAGAAUUUGGGACGAGAGCUGGCGCUGGAGGACGAGAGCACCAAAGACGAGCAUAAAAAUUCUAUGUACCUCCACGGUGCCGUCUUCGCCAGCUGUUGCACCCACAAAAUCUCCACAGACCCAGAAAAACGCGACUUGAAGUUCUUCACGGACUACUAUGACAUCGUUUCUUCUGUUGCAGAGGAAGACACUGCCUCUGCCAGCGAAGAUGUUGGUAAGAAAUCAGAAAGCACCAGCACUAAAACAAGCACCAACCCGUCGCGAACCAAUAAGCAGCACAUUUUCGCCCAGCUCUGUAAGUGGGCAGCGUGGCGGAAUACGGAGCAGUCUGUGGAUUCGAAACUUUCCACGGAACACAUCAAAAUUGCGGAAGUCUGCGACGAUUUGGUGCAGGCCUUGCGGAUGGAAAAAUUAAGGACGUUCUUCAAAAGCGUUUCCCAAAUCGUCUACGUACCGCUGUCAAACUCGAUGCAAAACCGGGCGAUUGUGUGUAGAACGGAUUCAUCGGAAGAUCUUCACGAAAGAGGAGUAAAUACGGAAGAUGAUGUUGUACUAGUUGCUACAGAUGACUCGCGAUCUGAUUCCCUCCCGGAAUUUGCAACCCUUCUGAACGCAUGCACAGACCGGUAUCGUGCACAUCUGCCUGUGAAGCUCGCAGCGCAUGACCUGUACAAUGUGGACGAUAUGAUGUAAAGUAAGAACGGGAGAGAGGUAGUUCCUCUCUGAUUUCUAUAUUUCAAUCUCCGCGACAAAAAUACUACUGUAACUGAAACUGACUGCAUCGGCGCAUUAUUAGGCUCUUGGUGUUUGACUUGGAC